AUCAUUUCACUUUGAAUUUUCGUAGCGUUCAGUUCAGCUCUGUGUGAAGUAGCUAGAAGGCUCAAAUCGCCCACCAUCAAUUCCUGUGUGGAGAAAAAUCCUUCGUUUGUCCAUGUUGUGUAGUCCAUUAGGCGUUGUUGAAGGCGUUUGAUUUUCUGUUAUAACUCCGGAUCGUUUGCAUCGAUUGCAUUGUUGCGUGGGGCCACGCCAAACUACGGCGAAAAAAAAAAUUAAUAAAGAGAAGAAAAAACGCGACGACGACGACCAUCACAAAGUGUGUGCCAGUGUGUAUUAUAACAACCGCCGAAGAGAGUCGCUAGUGUAGUGUGCAGCGCAAAUAAAAAAAAAUAUAACAAAGGAAAACCGUAUCUCAUCGGAGCUGUCUGGCUUCUCGUCGAUUCCUUUUAGUAGCGUUCCAGUCAUUUGCGAGAGCAGUGCGUUGUCGGUUACGAAGUGAGUUUUUAAAACAGUGCAAGGAGUUCGGUUUCAGUUUUCACCGAGUGACAUCCUAGAGGAAAGUUAGCUGUCAUUUUCGACCAGUGUGUGAGCAGCCAAGCAGUGCGCUUAAGCCCCCCGGCAAUCAUCAGGAGAAAUUACAUAUGCUAUAGGAGCAAACCGCCGGUUCGAAAUACGUGAGAUACGCUUCCCCGGGCACAUCGAGAAAAGAGCACCAGUUAAAGUAAUCUUUUCCCCCAAAUAACAAAUAAAAAAAAACUAGCCACCCCAGAAAAAAAAACCAGAAUCGAAACAAAAAUGACCGAAACAACUGAAGCUCAAGUUGCCGCCGAGGUCAAGACCCCCUCGCCCACGGCAGAGACCGCAACGACGGAGGCACCGGCAGCCACGACCAAUGGCCACGCUGAAGAGCAGCCCGCCUCCGAGCAGAAGCCCACGGAAGAAACGAACGGAUCGGCCACCGACGACAAAGCCAAAUCGGAACCCAAGGAGGAGGUGCCCCCGCCCAAGGAGAUGCGUGCCGUCGUGCUGACCGGUUUUGGUGGCUUCAAGAACGUCAAGAUCCUCAAGAAGCCAGAACCGGCCCCACAGACCGGCGAGGUGCUGAUCCGAGUGAAGGCAUGUGGUCUCAACUUCCAGGACCUGAUGGUACGCCUGGGAGCCAUCGAUUCACCGCCAAAGACACCAACCAUUCUGGGCUUCGAGUGUGCCGGUGAAGUCGAAGCCGUCGGCGAGGAAGUCGAAGGAUUCAAGGUCGGAGACCGCGUGGUUGCGCUGCCAGAAUUCCGCGCCUGGUCCGAACUGGUGGCCGUCCCGACCAAGUACGUAUACCACAUUCCGGACGAGAUGACAUUCCAGGACGCGGCUGCCAUCGUGAUGAACUACCUGGUGGCGUACAUUCUCAUCUUCGAUUUGAUCUCACUGCGGGAGGGCAAGUCCAUCCUGUUGCAUUCCGUCGGAGGCGGCGUGGGUCAAGCCAUCGUUCAGCUGGCACGUACCAUCCCGAAUGUGACCAUCUUCGGUGUGUGCUCCAAGGGUAAGCACGAAGCUCUGGCCGCCACCGGUUUGAUCGAUCACCUGAUCGACAGAACAGACUACGUCAAUGAAGUCAGAAAGAUCACAACCGAGGGUGUCGAUGUGGUUAUGGACUGCCUGUGCGGAGAGGAAUGCAACCGAGGCUACGGACUGUUGAAACCCAUGGGCAAGUACAUCCUUUACGGUUCGUCCAACGUUGUCACCGGAGAGACCAAGAGCUUCUUCAGCGUCGCUCGCUCGUGGUGGCAGGUGGACAAAGUGUCGCCGAUCAAGCUGUUCGACGAGAACAAGAGCCUGGCUGGGUUCAACCUGCGGCACCUGCUGUACCAGCAGGAUGGUUCGGCGUACGUCCGCUCCACCGUUGAGAAGAUCUUCGAUCUGUGGAAGGAUGGUAAGGUCAAGCCUGUGGUGGACAGCGCCUGGGCUCUGGAAGAUGUCGCCGAAGCCAUGCAGAAGAUGCACGACCGCAAGAACAUUGGCAAACUGGUGCUGGACCCGGCCAUGGAACCGAAACCAAAGCCAGCCACCCCGGCCAAGACCAAGUCGAAGAAACAGGCCAGCGAAGACAAGAGCAGCAAAAAGGAUAAGUCGUCGGAGAAUGGCGACGACAAGAAGGACGAGGAAGCCAAGACCAACGGCGAAGAGGGUGAGGCAGCUGCCACCACUCCGGAAGCGGUGAAUGGUGACAGUGCGGAGAAGAAGGAGCCAGCCGCCACCAAUGGGGAUGCCACUGAAAGCGAGAAAAAGGAAUCGAGUUGAACAGCUUAAGCUCGUCCAGCCCAAAACGAUGAAUCACGUCACCGAAAACAACAAUCACCACCCACACACAUCUAAACAUGCCAGCAGCAACGUCUCCCAACCACACACAGUUGGAGUCUAACCCGGAAAACAUCUCCUGAAUCCCACCUCCCCCGUCUGGAGUGUAUGCAGUGUCCAGUCCACCAUGUUGAAACACUCCGCGCUCACCUAUCCAACGCAGUGCAGCUGAUUCCUAUCGUGGCAUUAUAAGAUUUUUCUUCCGUUUUGCUGAAUAGUUUUCUUUUAAUAUCUGCAACUUUUAGUAUCUGUAUGCGAUUUUACACCGAUUAACGUCUUUUCAAUUACAACUUCAAUUGAUUUUCAUGAGAAAGUGUAUCAGUUUUGUCGCCCGUGAAAGUUGAGUAAUUGCAUGCGCGUGGGAAAGUUAUCCGUGUUUUAAUUGUGAGAUAGUAAUACACCUUUUCAUGUAAAUCUCCUAUGAAUGAACAGUUUUCAUAAUUUAGUGAAUGUUUCCCGAUCUCAAUUGACCGAUUCCGCGAGAGUUUGGUUGUAGUUCGUUUACAGCUCUAAUAAGCAGUACCAAGUUACAGAAGUGUAAGCCCCUAAGCUAUACCUAAGUAAGCAAAUCUAAUAAAAAAAAAACAAACAAACAAGCCUCGAACAUGUUGAAGGUUUCAGGAUGCGAACGCAAGCCCACAGAUUCGUUUGUGCAUGCAUAUACAGGAGCAAACAGCCAAAACCAUUGCCGCCAGAGAUUAACUUGAGGACACGAUUCACAAUUACUAUAGGCAACAACAAUAACAACAAGAGAUUCAGAUUUCAUUCCGAUUCAUCACGUUCACGCAUCAACCGAAUGAACCCUAAGCACAAAGGAGAGUUAGUUCAUCUUUAUUUUCUUCAGUUGGUUAGUGAUUAAUUCUGUAGGAGAUUCACGGUUAUAUUCAAUCGUCGCGAUGAUUUGAAGGCAGUGGACCAUCCGCACGCACUACGUGAGCGAGUAGAAGCAUACAAAAAUUUAUAAUUUUUCAACCUAUGUGUCAUUUUAAUAUUGUAAUAUUUAAAUAUAUAUGCUUAAAUCCUUAUGUAUAACAGAACAGGACGAUUUGAUUUGAAAAUAUAUAUUAGAUUCUUUAUGAUGAGAAUGUUUCUUCGUUUCCUUUAGGUAACUGUUUAUUUUACAAGCAAGAUAGUGUGAGAAACGUUUUCGAAGUGAGUAAGAAAAGAUAAGUAAACAUGAGCAGAUCAUAUAUAUUCUGUUACUGAAGGAAAUAUUGAAAAAAAGAAAACAAGUAAUGUCAUACAUUCUAACAAAAGAAAAAUAUAUGCAAUUGAAUAUUUCCACCGUUUGGUACCAUCGCAACAUUCAUCUUAGGCGUUAUAAGUGGAACUUGAAAUCCCAUUUCUGACGAGAUAUUUUUGUCUUCUUUUGUAUAAAUUUUUAAAAUAUUUUUAUUUUAUAAUACAUUUGACAUUUGAUUAAAUUUUGGUUUAUUUUGUUUUAUUUACUUUUACCUUCCGAAAAUACCUUUUUUUUUCUUUUCAACGACCUUUCUUCCCAAAUUCAAAAAAAAAACUGAAAGCUGUAAAAACGUCUCUAAGGUUUUUCCACAUCGAUUCUAGUUUUAACAACAAAUUCACCACGAAAGGACACAAAUACGACCCUUAUCUCAAAUUUGGUUGACAGUCCUUCACCUAUCUAAUAAAACGAACAUGUUGAAAACAUAUGUACUAUGAAGGAACACUAGAAGAAAGAAACAUGAUGAAUACCCCAAACGAAAGUACGAACCUGUUGCUGUUGAUUUGUUCAUUGUUUGAAUAACAGAGAGUAAUACCUAGCAGAGCGAUAAAGCAGCCAUGUUGAAUUGAGAAUAUCCGUUGUGGUCGCAACGGCUCAUAUAUGUCCCUAAAAUGGCACUAAUGAACAGAGAACAUCAAAGUACUCACAAAACAAAAGAAAAUCUUGAUUAAGACUCAUGUUGUCUUUGUACAUCAUUCAUAUAAAUAUAAGAAAGAUAAUCGUAGCGCAACAGCAAAUCACUGGCAUCUCUUGUAUCAAAUAGAUUCUGAGCUCUACAAUAUACAUGUGCUUUUGAUGUUUAUACCAGUAUAACACAGUAAAUAUUAUGCUAUAGUAUGCCUGAUUGUUUAUCGAUAGUCGAAAUGGCUUCUGCGGAAAUGAACUGAGCUUUGAUUUGAUUAGUAGCUAUUUAACAUUUGUAGAAAUUGCAUCACUGCUGGCACGAACUACUUAUUUUGUGGUAUAAAUAAAUAAAUUACUUUUAUCGCAGAAUAAGUAGAACUGUCACCGCUUAACUUGCAUAAAUCAUAUUCAACUUCUUGCUGGAAAUGCGCUUGUAACGGCGAGUAGUUACAAUUUUGUGUGGAAUAAUAAAUAGGUGCGUAACGAAAUUGCUGAAAACAGCUUUCAAACAAUCAACACAAGACCGUUAUGAACAAGAAAUUCCACGCGAAACGUAUGCGACAACUCUUAUACAUGACUAUGCGCUAGCUUUGUUUCUUCUAUGGACCAGCAAAAAGAUCGAACGAUUAAUAGAACUGAACAGGAAGAUGAAACCAUUCUAGUAACAAACAUUACAUCAAAAUAACGAAAAUCGAGAGAACAUUUUAGGCUAGGCGUAAUCAAAUUUCAUUACAGAGAAAUGAUAGAGUAAAGAAGAUUUUUCAAUAUACAACGCGCCCUAGUCGGAAGGUAGAAAUCGGAUUGUGAUAAUGAGGAAACAAAAAACUUUCGUAAAACUUUUUGACGAAUGCUUCAAACAUUGCAUUGCACAACAAAAAAAAACUGCACUAAAUAGAUAAAACAAGACCACUCAAGCUUCAGGAACCACCGAAACGGAGAACCUCAGCCACACUUUUUGGACGAUCUUUAAUGUAUUGCUCUUGCCGCAACGGUCUUAGAAGCUGCUAGAGGAAUUAAUUUCAUAAAACUCACAAAGAUUCUUUAGAUUGCGUCUUCCUCAUCGGCACAGUAAGCUGUUCUUUGUUGAUUCUCACAGAACUAUUAACGCACCUUCAGCUCUCAUCGUAGUUGAACUAGCUUAUUUUACAGAUGAGCGAAACGCAGCACACUGCCUUGAAUCCGGCUCUCUUGUGCCAUUCAGGUAGAAAGAACAGAAGAACUGCCAACAAAAUAAGCCACAAUUUUGAUCAAAUCAAACAUCACCACUAUAGGCCGGUUCAACAGACGAAUCGUGAACAUCAUGACGGUCAUCGACAAUGGAAUUUUUCAUAGAAGAAACGAAAAAGUUUACCUCAACACAUUUACACAUCACUUAGAAUGCAUAAGUCGCUUACAGUGCGAUGUUUUAGUCUGAAUUUGAGGUACGUGUGGCUUUACAGCCCACCGCUUUUGCUCUUUUUAACAAGUGCACAAAUUUACUAUCACUUUUUUCCAUCUCUUUCAAUAAUCCAUAUUUUCCAAUUCAACUUCCUCCAACAUAUCACUGAGAUAGGUUUUGGAAUGCUUUUACCCAAUUGAUAUCAAAUUGCUUUUAGAAAUGUUUUGAAUAAAUCUUUUUAGAGAGCAAGCUUCUGCCAAACGACAAAAUGCUUCUCACGUGAUUUAGGAGGAUCAAAUGACAAAAAAAAAACAAAGAAUAAGACAGUUCCACCGUCAACACUAAUAUCGAAAUUUUCGCAACGAUCGCCAUAGAAUGGAAAGAAGAGCUAAGAAAUUGACAAACAAAUCAACUACAAAGUAUCUACCUAUACAUAUGUAUAUUCGUAUAUAUAUAAAAAAAAGCCCCACAUCACUUUGAUAAAGUAUAUAUAUUUAUAUAUAACGUGUAAACCGACGAAUACAUCUAGGUGGAACCAAAUAAUCCCAAGAAACAAAAACCCAAUAAAUGUGACCGAGACCUUUCACUGGAGUUUGUGUCAACAAAACACAUGCCACCCGUCACACGUACAUACUGUUAACUGGAAUUGUCUACACGUGAAGAAAAAAGAAAUGUACAAGCCAAGUGAAAAAAGAAAUAGCCAAGUGAACAGUAAUGCAGAGACCCGGCAUCUCUCAAGUGUAACAAUGAUAGUGUACAAUUUGAACCAUAAGUAAUGCGACAUUUUCAAGCCGACAUGUAAUGUUAUCGAACAAAUCAACCUGCGUGUUGCAAACAAAAUGCUAUGUGAUUGUAGCCAUCUGGAAUGCUAAGUAACAGUGGAACAGAAUAAAGGAAAUGAUAACCUGA